UUUGCUUUUUAUCUGAUGACAGAAAUAAAGUGGUUAGGGAAAUACAUUUUAAAUAAAAAAUGAAAUUUUGGUCGUUAUUUCGCGUUUUUUUGUGGAAAAAUGUAUUAUUUUUAAUAUUUAAUUGCGUGUCGUUAGCUGUUAUAUUAGUUGGAUGCUAUGGUAUAUUGGUGCUUUAUUUAAAAUCGACGUAUCAGAAUCUAAAUACGCCCAAUAUCAUAUAUUCUGCGAAGAACACAGAAUCGCUUGUUGCUGACUACUUUCACGCUAAUGAUGGUGACUUUCUUUAUUAUUCGCCAACAACACCAUUUAUUGACGACCUUAUGGAAGACGUACGGCAGCAGAUGGAAAUUUCAUAUGAAAUUGUGAAGCCAAUUGCAAAUGCAUCGGAAUUUAGGGUUAAACUAGAGGAGGAAUGUAAAGGAAACUGCUUCGCAAUAGAAUUUAAAACAAUUAGUGACGAUGUCAAUGGAAAUUUAAGUUAUUCCAUUAGUUCAACAGCACUAAAAAUAUCACCAAAGAAACGUUAUGUUAAUGAUGAAGAAGUGAGUGGAAUUAAAGAUGAUGAUGAUUAUAUACGAAGUGGAUUUCUCACCUUACAACAUAUUAUUGACAAAAAUUAUAUAAGAAAACGUAGCACAACAAAUAAUUUAAACUAUGAAAUGGAAUUAUCUUCAAUACCAACCAUUGCUCAAGAAGUACUGGACUCACAACGCCUUAUUCUAUUCGGUUCACUUUUUAGUAUACUUUUCAGUGUGCUUCUGCUUAGUACGUUUUUAGUGCCUCUUGUUGAAGAGAAACAGGAUGGAUUAAAGGAAUUUCUCCUUCUUGCAACUCCUCUUAAUUUCUUGAAUGGUGUUACAUUCUUUGUAUUGCGUUUGGUAAUUUAUCUAAUAUUUUUCACUGCAGUUAUUAUAACUGCUUGGAUCUACAAUGCUUUAGGCAUUGGGCCAAUGUGCUACAUUGUAUUACUCUUUGUGCUUUACAUGUUAUCGGCUAUGUCCUACACAUACUUAAUAUCAGUCUGCUUUAAUUCGGUUUUCUACGCUAAAGUUGGUGGCCUUAUUCUACUUGUAAUGCCGUAUAUAUUUUAUUUGGUCAAAGGCACGUUUGCUACUUACUUAUUUAGUACAAAAGCGUUUAUGGAUGGAAUAAAAAUAUUUCAAACUUUCACUAACAAACACCGAUCCUUCAGUGCGCAUGAUCUUUUUGCUAACAUAACAGAUUCAUCUUUUAGUAUAAUUUCCAUUUAUAUUCUCUUAAUAAUGCAAUGUCUAUUUUACGCCCUCAUUUACAACUAUUUAUCGUGUGUGUUUCCUGGCAAAGGAGGUAUUAAAAAACCAUAUAAUUUUAUAUUUAAGCGUUCGUUUUAUAAGAAGCCACAUCGAAAUGUCUAUACUACAACUGACGGUACAACAGACGCUAUUAUUAUACAAGAUUUAUGCAAAAAAUUUCAAACACCCAGGCGAGAUAUAGUGAUUGCUGAUCAUUUGAAUAUGACAAUAAAAAAUAAGCAAAUUACUGUGUUACUGGGCCAUAAUGGAGUCGGUAAAACCACAACAUUGAACAUGAUCAUAGGUUCGGCACGAAAAGACGCAGGCAGUAUAACAGUGUGUAGCGAGCGUGAUGUUUCAUCCUAUCGACAUUUGAUUGGAUUCUGUCCACAACAUAGUGUGUUUAUGCAGUAUAUGACUUGUUCACAACACUUGCAGUUCUUUGCGCAGUUACGUGAUAUGACUACCAAGGAAGCAAAAACUCUAUCUAAUAGUCUACUUAAUCAAUUAAAACUUGAGGAUAAAGCUGAUGAAUAUGGCAAAAAUCUUUCUGGAGGCAUGAAACGCCGACUCUCUUUAGGUAUUGCAAUAGCCGGAAAUACAAAAGUUAUUGUUUUGGAUGAGCCAUCUUCAGGUUUGGAUAUAGAGUCACGACGUGAAUUUUGGGAUAUUUUGUUGCAAUUACGUAAAACGAAAGCUGUUCUAGUAACUACUCAUCACAUGGAAGAAGCUGAAGUUUUGGGUGAUACCAUUUGCAUAUUAUCAUCUGGGCGCUUGCAGCGUACUGGUUCACCAUUGGAAUUAAAACGAAAAGUUGGUAGUGGUUACAUACUUAAGUUAUCUACGCGUAAAAGUUUAUUUAAAGAACAACAGACAAUGGAAUUAAUCCACCGAUUUAUACCUGGCGCACAAAUAUUGAAUAUUGUGCCACCCACUGUACUUAUUGGAUUGUCUUACGAAUAUAAAGUGAAGUACAGCGAACUCUUGCGGCAUUUAGAAGAAGCACAACAACACUUGGGUAUAAAUUCGAUUUCGGUAACUGACACGUCGUUGGAAGAUGUCUUUUUGAAUUGUGUACCAGAAAUUGAUCAAGUCGACUGCCACGUUUCCAGUAAUGGUGAUGCGAAAAUGCGUGUACCUUACAAAUGCCUCGAACCGACUACACAAAUUCAUUGGAUGCAGCAUUUUAAGGCAAUUGCUUACAAAAAAUCUAUUUUCUUGAAAAGUGGAUGGAAAUAUACUACUUUUAUGCUUUUGUUUCCUUUUGUUGCUGUUAGUUUGGCAAUGUUAUUGAUGCAUUCAAUGGCUCUCUUAAAAAGCGAGGAUGUGUUAACGCUGAAUUUAGCGCAAAUCAAAGAAGGUCUUAUAUACAUUAGCAAUCCACUUGGCACUAACAAAGCUAUUGAAAAUCUUCUAACGAAGCAUAUUGAGGAAUUUGGGAUAACAGCAAGCAAACUUGAACUGCAAGAAAACAAUUCACUGGCAGAAGAGUUAAUAAGUUUACAACAAAAAGAAUUGGCUUAUUUUUUGCAAAAUGUUAUCGGUGCUAUAGAACUUAAAACGGAUGAAAAUGGAUUAAAAUUUAACAUAUUCUUUUCUGGUAAUAUUUACCACAGCUCAGUGAUUCUUAUGAAUCUAAUAGAUAAUGCUGUCCUAAAGCAACAAACAAGUGAAAAAAGUACAAUUGAGACUAAUUAUGUUCCAAUAAAACGCUUUAUAACCGAUGUGAGUCCGACACGUUUGGAAUAUUAUGCUGUUAUUGUACCAAUUGGUAUGUUCUUUUGCAUGUUUUUCUACGUUUCGCUACCAUUUCGAGAAAAUAAAUCAGGAUUUAAGAACUUGCAACCCAUACCACAUGUAACAUAUUGGGUUUCAGUAUUUAUAUAUGAUGUGCUGUUACACAUGCUCGUCUGUUUGCUAUUCUUUGGAUAUCAAUUUUUGCUCAUGCCACAACAACUGUACACACCGGCUGAACAGUACACAAUAGUUGCAUCAAUAUUUUUCUAUGGCAUCAGUUAUUUACCCAUUCUGUAUUGCUUUGCCAAUAGCUUCCGUUCAAUUUCAACAAUCUCAACUUAUUUACUCUUUAUGCUCAUUAUAUCAGCUAUUGCACCGCUUAUUACCUCUGGCAACAUACAAUCAAUGAAAUAUCAUGAAACAAAAAUAUUCUUUCUCUCAAUAUUACCGGACUUCAAUCUAAAUCAUCAGUUACGUGUAAUUAAUGAGUUGUUUUUUAUAGAACGUCGCAAUCAGGGCUCAGUUCCAGAUCUUAAUAUAGCUACUUUUUUUACAUAUGCAAUCUUUAUAACUAUUAUUAUGAUGAUUUUAUUUAUCAUUUUUGAAAACAAGGAAAAACGACAAGCCUUACAGAGGCUUUUUAGCUGUUAUACUUGCAGGCAAGUAACAGCAGCGAGUAAUCCAUUAUGUCCAGAGGAAGAGGAAAACUUGGUACAAAUCGAAAAAGCAACUGUUCAGGAUAUAUUAAAAGAAAAAGUUGAAAGCGAUAUUCCAUUGUUAGUCUGUAACUUAUCCAAAUCUUACGAUCGCAAAGCAGCGGUCUGUGAUUUAAAUUUUGUGGUCAGAAAACAAGAAUGUUUUGGAUUACUCGGUGUAAAUGGAGCCGGAAAAACAACUACAUUCCAAAUGAUUUCGGCAAACACAACAAUAACCCAUGGAACAAUAAAAAUCGAUGGUGUCGACAUUUUGGACAAUGAAAUUCAAUAUAAAUAUCGAUUCGGCUAUUGUCCUCAAAAUGAUUGCUUAAAUAAUUUUAUGACUGCAUAUCAAUUACUUAAGUAUAUGGCGCAGCUACGCAAUAUAAGUGGCGAGGAGAAUUUACAUAAUGAAGUAAUGUUCUGGAUAGAACAACUUGAUUUAGAUAAAUACACCAACGUGAAAGUACGGCACUAUUCUGGCGGUACUAAAAGAAAACUAAAUGCAGCAUUGGCAAUGAUUGGUAGUCCAUCAUUGGUAUUAUUAGAUGAGCCAACUACUGGAGUAGAUCCAGUAUCGCGUCGGUUCCUUUGGAAGUGUAUACAAGAUUUUCAAAAGCGUGAUAAGACAAUUGUACUUACAUCUCAUAGCAUGGAUGAAUGUGAGCAGCUAUGCAAUCGUUUGGCUAUAAUGGCUGAUGGAAGAUUUAAAUGUAUAGGAUAUGUUCCUGAUUUGAAAGUGCGAUAUGGAAGUGGAUUUACGAUUAAAAUAAAAAUGAAAGUUGAUGAUUGCGAAGUAAAUGUAAGAAAAAUAACGACGAAAAUUUCUAAUCAAUUUCCGGAUAGUGACUUAAGGGAAAACCAUGCAGGCAUGUUGACCUAUUAUAUUAAGAAUAUCCAGCAGAUUAGUUGGUCAAAUGUUUUUGAUUGUACGGAGAGAUUUUUCACUGAAUGCAAAGAUUUAAUUGAAGAUUAUUCUGUAAAUGAACCAUCGCUGGAAGACAUCUUUUUGAAGUUCGAAACUUCGACGAAACGUAAAAAACCAUCACAUUCACAUGUUGAAGAUGUUUAAAACAUCUAUCGAUCUAUCGUUAGGAUAAAUUAUAAGAUAUACAAUGUCUCGAAUAUUGUAAUUCCUUAUUUAAAUUUUUUUAGUAUGUAUAUCUAAACUAACUAUUAAUCUUCAUUUUAUAUUUACUCAAUAUUUAUUCAGAAAGCAACAUUUACACUACAUAUUGUACAUUGGUUUUCAUUAAUAUAAA